CGCUGUUUGGGAAGAGCUGGCACGCUAAACCGCCCACGCCCAGAGGGCCGGCGGGAUUUGAGGUGCUGGUUUCCGCAGCCGUUUGGGUCAAGCCGUUUCGGUUGCUCAUCUUCUAGUGUGCUGAUCUUGUCUGCUGCCCCCUAACCGGGAAGGGGUCGGAGGUCAGCUGUCAGCAUGUGCCUCAUGUCGGGGGGCCCGCUUGGGCCGGCUGCGGCAAGUGCAGUCCAGCAGCCACUGCUGCUGGAGAUCGGGCUGUUCCUGGCCGAGGAGCCCACCGAGAUCCUAGGCCUCUGCAGUGUGUCCACACAGUUCCAUGAGCUGAAGAUGGGCCCAACAGCAGACUAUCUCUGGCGCGAGCUUUAUCGCACCAGGUGGCCGAAAUUCUUCGAUUGCAUGACUUAUCAAGAGGUCCGGGACUGGCGCCUCUUGUACAUAGACACGCUUUCUGGGCGCAGGGGCUGCACUCUGGAAGUGUUCCACCGCCACAAGAAAGUCGGCUUCGCCAUGUCGGCUAUGCCCGCGAGCGUGACCUACGACGCUUGCCAGGACUGCUACGUGGCCCGGUACUUCAGCGCCAGCGAGGUACCCCCUGAGACAAUUCCCGCCAGGGAGGACCACCGCCUGAGGUUCUGCCCAGAGGCUGUUAGACCCAGUCUGCUGGAGCCCAGAAGUUUGCCGAGCGCUUGGAGUAAGGCAGCAGUGCUUUGCGACACCUAUCCGGACAAGGUUCUGGCGGGCAUCGACGGCCUUCGCGCGGGGAGCAGCAUAGAACUGCAGUGGAAGAUGCAGCAUGACAGUCCAUUCGGGUGGUGGUACGGCCAUCUCGAACAGCUCGAGCCUAUCGACGGGGGGCUGGCAAAGGCGGUCAUUACCUUUCGGCAUUUCUCGCCGUUCUCCCAGUGGUACAGACUGGCGGUUGUCUUUGGGGACGACCAGAAGCGUGAAUGCGAAUUCGGGGGCUACACAGGUGGCAUACGUGCCUUGAGCGUGGCAGAGAGCUUGCAUUUCCUCAGGUUUUUUCCAAAGGAGCAGCUGCUCCUCUGAGUCCAGCCGUCUCUCGACCUCGCAAGCCCCCUCAGCUCGGAACCUCCUGCACCGCCGGGCUGCGCUGCCGCGCACCUCCACGAGCGCGUACUCACACGCACUGGCUGCGGCACAGCGCGAUGGCUGGUAAUUAGCUGCUUCGCCUGACUGCCUGUUGACCCUCCGUCCUCGAGUUGCACGCCCUCUGAGUUUGCCUCCUCUCUGUGCGGGGGCCUGCAGCGCAGGCUGCCAGGCACGCUGGCGCCUCCCACUCUGAUCUCCAGUGCACGUGCUCGCAGGGUCAUCGUUUCUCGCGUCUGGGGCGCUUCUUGUGCGGGAGGGUCUGGGCUGUUUUUGUCUCUAUGUUGCGGUGCGGGGCAGAACAAAGGCUGCCACAUCGACCGCAUCAUGCGGCGGCUUAGCAUUUACCCGCCGCGUGCAGGGCAUCUGGGGAGUGUCCUGUUUUCCUCGCGGGCGCCUUGCUCAUAAGCGCAGGCUAUCUUGCUGAUGCGGGGCGAGUCCGUGCACAACGUCGAACGUUGAAUCUCUUGAUCGCGCGCGUGCGCGCGACAAAUCAAGGCGUUGGCUCGAUCCGCACUCUACCAUUCAAGAGCACCUCCGAACUGUUGACGACGACAAGUGAGGCUCCGUGUUGGAGAUCGUAUGAGGGUCCUCGUGAGCAGCAGAAGUGGGACUGGAACGUGCUGAUCGUGUGCAGGUGUACGGUCGAUUUGGGGACUUGCGCUGAGCUUGCGUCCCACUUGUGGCCCGCGGGCGACCUUCCCC